AUCUCUCCGCCGCGGCCAUGGCGUCUACCGCAGCCGCGCCUGAGCUCAGCCCCCAAGACCGCAAGCUCAUCGACACUCUCAGAGACUUCCUGCUCGCACAGUUUGAAGCUGCGAGCAAUAUGCCAGAUGCGAGAAUACUAGAAGCGUUGAAGAACAAUUCUAUGGAUGUCUCACGCGCACAUGAAGAGCUUUGUGCUGAAAUGGAACGCUCUGCAUGGGACACAGUGGAGACAAAGAAAGAAAAGAAAAAAGGCGAAAAGAACUCACAAUCUGGGGGACACCAAGUGGAGGAAGAGGCGAUUUCGCGUCUGAUGGUACAACCAGAGGCGGCAGGGGUGGUGCCGACCGCGGAGGAAGGGGUGGCCCUCCUCAAGGUCCUUCUGCUGCAGAUCGCGGUGCAAGAGGUGGGCGAGGGCGAGCCAGUUCGUGAUGCCCCCAUCCCACAGAACCAGUGGAGCAAAGGCCGCCCUCGGACUGAAGAGAUUGUAAAACCUCCAGAGAAACCAAUGCAGCAAGCUGCCGAAGUUCCCCAGUCGGUCUGGGGUCAAUCUGGUGCUGUUGAUGUUGCAGCUUCCGCUGGAGGCAUGCAAGGAAUGAUGCCUUCAACCUCGGCUGGUCAGGGAGCUGGAGUCGGCAACAGUGCUUCCUCCAACAAUGCCAGCGCUAUGCCACAGUAUUCUCAAGCAGCGAAUGCUGAACACAGUCUCGCUGCUGGAUUUGCCAACAUGGAGCUUUACCCUUCACAAGCAAAGGCACAGCAUGCGGAAGAUGUACAUCAAUACUCGAAUGCUCAGAUGGCGAAUGCUGCAAACUCUGGAUUGCAGUAUGGGUAUCAAGGAGCUUCAGGGUCCACGGCUUCUCAUGUCGCUCCUCAAACCAAGAACCCUGUCAUGCAAGAGCAGUCUCAACAGUCUGCAGGAUUGCAGAGCAAGGGCGAUCAGGACAAUAUGGGAUAUGCUGCCAAUACCGACACCAUGCAGCAAGCCUCUCAGAUGAUGAACGCUGCCAACCCUGGAUUCCAAUACGGAGGAUAUGGGAUGCCCAUGGUUUCAGGCGCUGGAGUUCACAUGCAGCAUCGUGGCCAGCAACCUCAUGGCAUGCAGGAAGGUCAAGACAGUCAACAGACCCCUCAGCAUCCCAACCCUGUCUAUGCAAGCAUGAUGUUCCCUCAGUAUUGGAAUAACUUGGCUGUUCAUCCUCACCAGAUGGCUGGGCAGAUGGCUACUCUGUACAUGCCGUACCACACGGGUUAUGGUGGUAUCCCAAGCCAAAUGUACAAUGGACAAGGAUUUUCACAGCAGCAGCUUGGCGGAAACAAGUCUUACAACGCCAACCAGCAGGGAAAGCAACAACAGUCAGCUUAUGCAGGCGCAUAUCCAGGCAGCGCCGCUGGCUUCUCCCAGUUUGUGGGCUCCGAUGCCAACACAACUGCCUCGACCGCAGACUUCUACAAAGGUCAAGGAUCAGCUGCGUACGCAUACCCGAACAUGUACGGCGGUAUGGCUGCCAUGAGUGACGGGAUGACGGGCUUCGGACAGACAGCAGGCUUCGGUGGCAUGGCUAACCGCAGCACAGCAGGUCAAAGCUCGACAUCCAUGUCAGAUGCCAUGUACCAGUAUAACGCUCAGUCAUCCUACCAGGGUAACUACCCCGGGGGUUAUGAUACUGAGAACAAGGGAAGCUGGGGGGGCAGAUAAAGGAGAGAAUGAGUGGAAUGUUGCGGCCGACGCCUUGAAGUUUGAUCUCGGAAGCGAGCGCGUUGGGACGGCAGUGUACAUAUGUGUAUGAUGCAGAUCAAUUGAGCCAUCCCCACAGACUUCAUAGGUUUCUACUGUAGAAUAUCCACGUAAACUCUUACCCGGCGUUCUGAAGCCUCAACAGCCAUGCUUGCUCCCCCUCACCACCCCCAUCUGAACACCUACCCCCCUACGUUGCACAAGCUACGUCCGCUCACCUACCUUGAGGAAGAAACACCCCUUCGUCUCUCGUCCUCCUUCUCUUCGAGGUGCUUCUUGUCAGAAAUUGCCUCAUACACCUCGUCGAUCGUGUCGGCACCCGGAUACGACGGCAUGUUGACGUGAACCGUCUUGCUGUCAACAGCAGCUGCAUCCUCUAGCUCGCCGUUCAUGGCGUCCUCACAGCCAGCCCCGAUGCCGCAGAGGGAUUGGAAGCGACCUUUGAAGGCGUUGCUGGGGCUUCCCUUCCACAGCUUCUUCUCUAUGUCCAUAUCCUUCUGGUACUCGUCCAUGGCCGCCUUGACCUCGUUGAGAAUAUCAUCGCUAGGCUUGUCCGGGAGACCCUCGAGGACUUUGUCUUUGUCGAGGUUUUCAGCAACCUGAAUGUUGUUGUCAUUGAAGUACUCGCAGCCUGAUCCGAUCCCGCAAAGCUUCUGGUGCUUGGCACCCUUGCGAUGACCUGCAACUCGCUUGAGGCCAGUCAUCUUUAGGAGGUUGAGGGGGCCCCCAUAAGGAGGAUCGCGGAACGGGAAUGAGCUACUCAAUCCCUCGACCCCGUCGUUCAUGUUGUACUGGGCCGGGUUCUGAUGCAGAUAGUCGUUGAGCCAGAGAUGCUGCUGUCGGCUGGAGAGGAGAGGAGACUGAGAUUGCACGAGCGUGGUGGUAGAGUUCGAUCGGAGCAAGACUACUCCAACCGCGGCCAGCAGCCCCACGGCUAUCACGCUUGCGACAGACACGACGGGGGAGACUCUCAUCCU